CAUGUUGACUUUCUUUUUUCUGUUUAUUAUAAAGCCUUUCUGCCUUAAACGUCAGUGUUUAUCCAGGACACCAAAUGUGGGCUUGCUUGAGCGUUCUUCCUUGCCAUCAAAGAUUGGGUUAGGGUACCUCAGGAAGGCCUUGUUCCUGCCCUGUCCCUGCUUCUAACUGUGAGGUUUGGGUGUGGUCUGUCACUGUGAAGUUAGGUAGAGGCCUCAUCUGACUACUUGGUAGCUGAUCUCAUUUUUGUUUCUGUAGUCAGUGUAUUUCUAUGUAUGAAAGACAUCUCAGAAGAAAGUCAUUUUUUCUUGAUUGGUGUUAGCUGAGAGGGGCCUAGGAGUCAGUUGUUAAGCUAGUACUGUUCAGUGCACAGUACUGGCUGUCACAUUCCAGCCCCUUCCUCUAGCCAUCAACAUCCCCUGUGGGAUUGUGCUGCUGUCUCUCUCAGCAAGCGUCUGGUGUGCAGUUUUCGUUCUUGCUCCCCCAGGAAGCCCAUGGCCCCAUGUGAGAUCUGUGGAGCUGCAGGGUCCUGCAGAGAGCUGGGGCCCAGAUCCUGCAGCCAGGUAGCCCCAGUUCCCACGUAGAAACUGUGUGACCUUGGGCAAAUUUUAUGACUUCUGGGGGGCCUCAGCUUUCCAUCUGAAAAAGAUUGCCUGCCUCUUAGACUUGUUGCAAGCUUAGAGGAGACACUGAAGCACCAGUGCUUUGUUAUCAGUAGGUGUGAGCUCCUAAUGGUGGUGUAGGAGACAGUGGUAUGGUGUUCCUGGGUUCUGUGGGUAGAGAGAAGAGGUGGCUAGGUUCAGUUGUACACCUCAGUAGGACUUAACUAAACUUGAUUAGAGUGCCAGUGUGAGGGUGCCUAGAACCUCUGGAAUGGGGAGGUGUGUGGGCUCCUCCUAGAUAUUAAGGAUCUGUCCAUGUGGGUAGAUCCUCCUUGGUCUGCACGUCAGAACAGGAUUUCUUAUUCUCCGCAGCAGUGGAAGCAGUAGAGGUUUUUAAGCCUCACAUUAACCUUUCAGGAAGGUGGUACCUAGCUACUUCUUGGCCUUGGUUUGGAAGUGGGAAAGACCAUGAUUACUUGUUCUGGUAACUUUGCAUCUAUCUAGAGUCUGAAAGGAAAUGAUGGCUUCCAUAGAUGGGCUUCCAAAACCAUCUGGAAGUGUAAAGAGCACUGACAGAAGGCACAGAGCAGCUGCUGGGCUAUCCAGGCAGCUUCUCCCUGAAUCGUGCAUUCUGUCUGGCAUGUCUGAUGACUGCCCAUAGAAGUCUCCCUCCCAAGAGGAUGCCACCCCAGCUUGAGGGCUGUCCUGCACGGUACCUAGGUCACCAUCCUGAAAGACAGGGCACUGUAUAAGAAAGAUGAUCAAGGUCAGAUAGUUCUUCUGUCUUACCAAAUCGGUUGUGUGAAGGAGAAACCAGGAAGGGUUUAGCAACUAUUGCUCAGUGCCUCAUAGUGCAAGUGUCAGGUACCACUGGGAAAAGCCUGUGCAGGUAGGGGGCAGGGAGCAGUACCAUAAGUGAUUAGUGGAAAAAGUGCCAUCCACCUGCAUUGGUUGAUGGCUUGGGGCAAGAUUUCCAGUAAGAGCAUCAUGUGGAUUCAGGAAGUUUCUAUAGUAAAUGAGUUGGUGCUUGUGAAGGUGAGGUGCUCUGAAAAGUGGAAUUUGACGUUCAGAGUGGUUUAACUGGUCAUGGUUACUGGUAUUUGAAAUGUAUGCAAAUGCGUAGAGUAAAAGUUUUUCAUUAAUUAGCAUGUUGUCAUAAGUAUUUUUAAAUACGUGUAAACUAAUAAAUUAGAGAUUAAAAUUAAGCAUUUAUCCUUCAUCUAUAAUUCAUACAGCUCUUACAGCUGUUAAUUUCCAUAUUUUAAGAUGACUAAAAAGAUUUCUUUCCACUUCCCAUUUGUAAGAGUGAGGCAGACUGAGCCUACCUUUUGGUUGGGCAUCCUUCCUUCCUUCCUUCCUGUUUAGACGGGUUGAAGUGUCUUACUGAUCCUGUGAUGUUUGCAGUGGUAAAGAUAGCUCUGUCUUUACAAUCAAAAUGCCAGCUUAGGGACAGUUUGUGAUUAGAAGUGUCAUGAGCCAGCAUUUUCAGCUCAGGUGCAAUGCUUCUAUUUCACUGAGUGCGUGCACCUGGAACUCCUUGGUCUGCACGUGUGGCCGCUAGAGUUCGGACACAGCUCCUCAGGUGCAGUGGCCACACAUGCUCAGAACCCGCACGGCUGGUGUCUCCCGUGACAACCUGUGUGGACCAAGGAUGGACACCUGGGGACUGUUCUGUUCCAGGCUCACUCACGUGGAUGUCCUAAUGUCACUAAGGCAUCUGAAACCUCAUGUGCCGCAUUUAAUUCAACCUUGGGAGCAGUGGUGAGCACAGAAAGCACUCACCGUACGCUGAGCACCAUGUGUCCUGCCUGCAGUGGUAACAGCACACACCAGCAUUUCAUCUGUGGCAGACGUAGCCAGAGGUGUAUAAAUGCCCUGUGUGGACAUCACCGUAUGCCAUGGUAACGAGGCUGUGUAUGUGUCAGCUUUUCUGUGUUGUAGAGUCAGUACUUGAGGAGGAAUAAAAUAUAUGUGGCCUUUUCAUUUUAUAGAAAUCACAAAAGACCACAAGCUAAAGGGAACCAUCAGGAAUAUCCGGCAAAAGCUGGACAGUGCUCCAUUAAUUCUUCUCCAAAGGUGAGAAGAACUCUCCUCAGGGUGCUCCACCUGCUUGGAGAGAGGGAGGGCAGGAACCCCUGGGGUGAGAUGAAGGUGGAGCUGUUGUUUACUCUGGCAGUGUCCAGGAGUGAUCUUGGUGGGAGUGCCCCUCCCAGUGGAGAAGGAUCUGGGCUGUGGGCAGGGAGCAGGGCAGGAAGUGAGGGAGGGGGAAGGGAUCCUGAAGGCCAGGCCUCUUGCUCUCCAGGAGUGCUGGGUAAGGAGGAUCUGAAGGUAAGACUCAGUCUUGCAUCUGCAUCAUCCACAUGGAAGUGUCUUGCUAGCCUCUUGCUCAGGAGGGUGGCCUGUCUGAAGACUGAGUCUCAUGACGGUGGUGUGAUGCUGGGAACAUGAAGAGAGUCUGAGGGAGGAAAUGCGCCCAGCACAGUCCUGUCAGCCACAAGCUCACCAGGGACAACACAGUGCUGAGAGGCAACUUGGGUUGACCAAGAGUCAGAGAGUCAAGGUCAUGGUCAGGUGGGACCAUCAGGCCAGGCGAGGAGACUGGCGACUAUUGAAAGCAACCCGGGUGGGGUGCAGAGCAUUGUGGUGAUCCCAACUACCCGCGAUUUCUGGUGGCAUCUGCUAUGGUUCUCUGCCUUUGCCUAUGGACACCUUGGGCAGGAGCACAGCUUAUAUAGCUCAGGUGUGGCUGUCAGCUGGGCAAAAGGGUCUGGGGAAGCCAGCAUGGUUGUGGGAUUAGCCUUGCUCAGCGAGCAGGGCCGGCUCCUUACUCUCAGUUCUAGUGGUGUUUCUCAGCCAGGUGAACACACUUAUCUAACCAUCAGUGCAGCACUCAGUUUUGAGGUCCUACCUAGAAUGACCUUUUGACCACUUAGUGGAAAACAAGUGUUAAGCACCUCAUGGGCCCUUGAUCUCUCAUUCAGCCAAAGUACAAAGCGAUUUCUCAUCUGUUUUAAGCAUAAAUUUACAGUGGGAAAAAUAUAUUUACUCGGCAACAACAGAAAUUACACCCACUAACCAUUGGUCAGAGACUCCUGGGAGCUGAGCCAAGGUUUUAUUCUGAACCACCUUGCUCAGACUACUGCCUUGUGGAGGAUGGGCCUCCAUGUGACAGCUUUGUGUGUUUCAGGGACUACAUGAUGUUCAGCUGGGACAUGGUGGCCUGGGGGUGCCUCCUAGACCCCCUCUGUCAGCCACUCACAUGUGGACCAGGUGGGAGGGGUUGGCAUGCAGUGUGUGGCCAAGCCUGAGGCCCAUCAUGGGCAGGAGCCAGGGCUCCAGGAUUCUGGCCCACAUCUCCAAAGUGGUCGCCCAGAGCCACCCGUUGCUUCAGUUGAGGUCAUCAUGCUGGGAGUCUUGGGACAACAUGGAAUGUAGGUGGAGCAAUAGGAGAAAAACACACUGUCUGAACCUUCUUUCUGAUUUCUAGAAAUACAAACCACAUAAAGAGAAAGGUGUUUGACAUAUAUUUUGCCUUUAAGGAUUAUAGUUGAAAGUACAGGAAAUUCGAAAUUUCAGCAAGGUAUGUAUAGUUAUGUCCAGACCUGGUGUCCUCUGAAGGGGUUUUGUGGCUCCAGGAAACAUGAAGUGGGCAGUGGAAAGUGCAGUGCUGGGCGAGUUCUGAGCCUGGAGUGGAGGGUGUCAUAAGGAGGUUCUUAUCUUAUCUGCAGGCAUGGACCUGUGGAACGCAACCUGGGGCUGAUUUCUCUGAGGUACCUUCUCAUUUAUUCCUCUCCAAGUAUGGCCUGAGGAUCACACCAGCAGGAGCAGUUGCACCUUGGCCCUGGGCUUUAGUCUGCAUGGCCAAAGGAGUCACACCAAAUGCCUACCCUGAGGUCUGCGACCUCACAGUUGGUCCACACCACCUGCAGAGGGGUCCUCGCCCCAAGUCCUGACAUGGAUCAGACAGGGUGCCCUUGGGGCAGGUGUUGGCACACUGGCUUCUUGCCCAAAUGCAGCCAUGCUGCACCGAUGGCAGUCUUAUGUUUGUCCUUUCAGAAUAUCUGGCCUUUCCCCUCCUCUACAGAUACCCUGUGUUGGACUACCUGCAUCUUCGCAGGGUCUGGCCUCCCACUGGUUGGUUGUUCCUGCAUCUCUCAUGAGCAGGUUGUCCUUGCAGAGGGGUCUGAUUAGACUGCUUGGGGACACACUCCCCCAUCAGUAGGAGGUGGCAGUAGGCCACCCGGUAAGCUGUCUGUGUUCAGGAGGGCAGUGGGCUGGUGUGGAUGACGAGAAAGCACCCCCCCACACACAGCUGCUGUGUGAUUCCGAGUCAGAAUCUAGUCCAAGGCUGACAUCACUGGUGCACACACCCCAGAAGACUCAUACAACAAGUUAGGGGCCAUAGAGAACCACAGGCACAGUCGCUGACCUCUUGCAUCCUAAUGUGGUGACUAAUGGUCUGUCCUCAAGGUGGAUGGGUGAUGCUGAGAGUGGGAGGUCACUCCCAAAGCAGCAGAACCAUGUCAGCAAUUAGGAAUGUCAACUGGGGAAGAAAGGGGGGCUUUACAGUAAGACAGCCUCUGUGGGUCAUCUGGGCUUCUCCCUGUGCCAUCAAGCCACGACCCAGCACCCCCAGUGCUGUUCCUUUCCAGAUGUGCUUUGUGUUCCUUGCAGUCCCCUGGAGUGAAAUACUAGGUGGCACUGUCUCAGUGCCUGUGGUGUAGCAGAGUGCUGGCCUCUGCUGCAUGGAUGUGGGUGUGGGCAUGUCUGUCCAGCCUCCCACCUCUCUGCCAGGAGGCCCUGAGAAUUGAGCCAGGUGCCUGCAGAGCAACACCAGUCAGCAUGGAGGAAGGUUGUGCCGGCCGCAGGGGUCCCAGGGAGCUCCUCACCACAGGCCAUGCACUAAGAAAUUGUAGAUGGAUGACAAAUUUCUGGAAAAGGUAGAAUUUUCAAUCUUAAAUAACGAGAGCACUCAGGAGAAGGCUGCCACGGUCCAUCUGGAAGGCGGACCCAGUGGUGUGGGUCAGAAGCAGGCUCCACAUCCUGCAGCCCUGGUUCUCAGGAGCCUGCUGGGGGCGAGGUACCUAUGAGGCACUGUAGUGGUGGCCCAUGCCCCGAUGCUAGAAGCAGGCUACUCCCUGUGCAUAUUAAUGGGGGACCAAGUGCUGUUCGUCCCACUGUCUGGGGUCAUUACAUGAUAGUGAAUAAGUUUCCUGCACAGGAGCAUUUGUGGCCAUGGCAAUGCUAGAGGUUCCUUUAGUUCUUGAAAGUAAAUUUAAUAAUGAAGGAAAAUAAUUCCUCUGCUUGUUCUCUUUGUGUGUGUGUAAGAGAGAGAAAGGGGGGGAGAACCCUGGAAUGAGUUCAGACUAUUACAGAUUAUUAAAACAUAGUUUGCCCCAUACAGCUCAUUUCCUGCCACUUUUCUUCCGGCCUGACAAGACCUGAGGCGUUCCACACACUUACUUGCUCUCUAGCAGCUGUGGUGCUUUUCAGGGCCUGUGGUUCAGUUUGUACAGAAGUGAUUUGUUUCGCAUGAAAGCACACUGUCUUGACCCUUGCUGUGGUGCUAGCAGGGCUUCCUGACCAGUUCUGGGUUUUGUGUCUUGGGUUCUGCGCUGCCUCUGCCCAUGUUUAGUGAUCUUGCUGCUUGUUCACACCUCUCAGGGCAGGCGGGGAGGAGACAGGCCUGGCCCGUUGCCUGUCAACUGCUCUGAUGUGGGGUCCUGGGUCUGACUGAAAUCAUGGUGUUGGGGUGGCCUAUGGGUCUGUUGUGCUGCUGUUCCCACUUCCACGACUGAUGUUGGCGAUAUGAUCAUGGGAAACCUAUGAAGGGGAGGAGCAUGCAGUAGGCAGCUGGCUUAGGCUAUGCGUGUGGCCACAUGGCCAGUCUUCCUGGCCCCAGCUGAUCUCUGGUGCUGUGGCCCGUCGCCCUUACAGUCCCACCUGUGCUUCCCCCAUGAAGGUCAUGAAACGUGUGCGCACGGAGCAGCUCCAGACGGCAGUGUCCUGCUACCUCAAACGCCGGCAGUACGUGGACUCCGAUGGCCCCCUGAAGCAAAGCCUGCGACUGUCACAGAGUGCAGAGGAGAUGGCGGCCAACCUCUCAGUCCAGUCUGAAUCUGGUUGUGCCAACAUAGUGUCUGCAGCCCCUUGCCAGGCAGAGCCCCAGCAGUAUGAAGUACAGUUCGGACGGCUGAGGAAUUUUCUCACUGAUUCUGAUUCCCAGCACAGCCAUGAAGUGAUGCCCCUCCUCUACCCCCUCUUCGUCUACCUCCAUCUCAACCUGGUCCAGAACAGCCCUAAGAGCACGGUGGAGAGUUUCUACAGCCGCUUUCAUGGGAUGUUCCUACAGAACGCAGGCCAGAAAGAGGUUAUUGAGCAACUGCAGACCACACGGACGGUCCAGGACGUCCUGUCCGACUCCAGGCUCCGCGCAUUCCUAGACAACAAGUACGUGGUCCGCCUGCCGGAAGACAGCUACAACUACCUGGUGCGCUACCUCCAGAGUGACAACAACACCGCACUGUGCAGGGUGCUGGCCGUCCACAUCCACCUGGAUGUGCAACCUGCCAAGAGGACAGACUACCAGCUCUACGCCAGUGGCGGCCCCCGUGGUGAGAGCGGUAGCCUGGAGCCCCCAGAUGUGCCCAGCCCUCUCUUACAGAAUGAGGCCGCCCUAGAGGUCCUGCAGGACAGCAUCAAGCGUGUGAAGGACGGGCCUCCCUCCCUCACCACCAUCUGCUUCUAUGCCUUCUACAACACGGAGCAACUGCUCAACACCGCUGAGGUCUCCCCCGACAGCAGGCUGCUAGCUGCCGGGUUUGACAACUCCUGCAUCAAGCUCUGGAGUCUGCGGUCCAAGAAGUUGAAGGCGGAGCCCCACCAGGUGGACACAUCUCGUAUCCGCCUGGCUUGUGACACUCUGGAGGAGGAGGACACUGAGGACGAGGGCAUGGGCACAGAGAUGAAGACGCUGCGGGGCCACUGCGGACCUGUAUACAGCACGCGCUUCCUCGCAGAUGGCUCAGGGCUGCUCUCUUGCUCUGAAGAUAUGUCCAUCCGAUACUGGGACCUGGGCAGCUUCAGCAACACUGUGCUGUACCAAGGGCAUGCCUACCCAGUGUGGGACUUAGACGUCAGCCCCUACAGCCUGUACUUUGCCAGUGGGUCCCACGACCGCACCGCCAGGCUGUGGUCACUGGAUCGGACGUACCCCCUGAGGAUAUACGCAGGUCACCUGGCAGAUGUGGACUGUGUCAAGUUCCACCCAAACUCCAACUACCUGGCCACAGGCUCGACCGACAAAACUGUCCGGCUAUGGAGCGCCCAGCAGGGGAACUCUGUGCGGCUCUUCACAGGCCACCGCGGGCCCGUGCUGGCUGUUGCCUUCUCUCCCAAUGGGAAGUACUUGGCCUCCGCAGGCGAGGACCAGCGGUUGAAGCUGUGGGACUUGGCCUCUGGGACCCUCUUCAAGGAGCUGAGAGGCCACACAGACAGCAUCACCAGCCUCGCCUUCAGCCCAGACAGCGGCCUGGUGGCCUCUGCCUCCAUGGACAACUCUGUGCGCGUCUGGGACAUCAGGAGCGCCUGCGGCAGUGCGCCUGCCGACGGCUCCUCCAGUGAGCUGGUGGGUGUGUACACGGGGCCCAUGAGCAGUGUCCUGGGUGUGCAGUUCAUGGCCUGCAACCUCCUCCUGGUGACGGGGAUCACACAGGAAAAUCAGGAGCAUUAGCCUUUUACCUUGGUUAGGGUGGACUGAGCCGUGGCAGAGGCCUCUGGCUGCAGCAGUGGACAUGUGGAGACCGAAUCACUGAUGGACUGUGACAGAGCCCUUCCCUUCCUGCUGGGCCCCGACCACGCUGCAGGCCCAUGGGGCUCUUGGGGGGGGCAGAGCAUUGGUGCCCGAGUAUGGGCUGAGGACUGGCCCGCUCCCAGGGCGGCUGCUGGCCUUGAGGACCCCCAGGACCUCCUGCACCUCCCUCUCCUCCCCGACUGACCUGCCUUCUCCUGCCCUCAGGCUGCAGAGUGCCCACAGCAGCGGCACAGUGUCACUUGGGCUACCCUUCGCUUCUGGGGGGCUCCUUUUGGAGACUGGGGUGGGGCCUGGGGAGGGCUCAUCCUGGCAGAGUCUUUCCUUUUCCUUCAUGACAGAGAACCAGGAUUUUUUUUAUUAUUGUUAUUAUAAUUAUUAUUAUUAUUAUUAUUAUUAUUGAGAAGAGGAAACUAGCACUGGCAGAGAGGCCCUUCUCUGCUUUUAUCUUUCAGGUUUGACUCCUCGCACUGGCUGUGAUCCUGGGAAUUUUAAGGUUCAGGGAACUCAGAGAAGCUGGCAGCACAGUGUGUUGGGAGAAGGGAAGUCUCUGUGUGGCCUGGUGGUGCCAGGGACCCAUUUCUGGAAGCAGGUGAGGGCGCUGAGCGCUGGCUCUGUAGUGGCCCUGGGAAGGGAAAGUCCUUUUCUCAGCUGCACUUUUGUCAGAAAUUCUCCCCUAAAAAGAGAGAUGAUGGUGGGCUGGUGUGACUUGGCAGCAGACCGCUUGCCUAGCAGGCGUGAGGCCCCAGGUUUAGUCCCCAGCACCAGAUAAAAAAGAUUAUGAUAAAAAACAAUUUGGAAUAAGUCACAAGACAUGAAGUCUCCAAAGGACUGUUUGUCAAGGUAGCCCUCAGCGUCUUCCUCCCACGGUGGCCACGUUGCGCUGACCUGCCUUGUUUUGUCGCGCCCGCCCUGAGGGCAUGCCAAGCCCAGCUAUGCUGAGGGUAAAGCAAGUUCCGACGUGUGGGAAAAGGGUUAAAUAUUUCUGUUUUCUGAAAAAAGUUAUUUUGUAUUUUGUUUUCUAUUAAAAUGUAUUUAGUUUCAACAAA